GCAUUUAUGAAGUGUAUUACUCAUCGUUUAACAUAAAAUAGAGUUUGAACAUUUUAGGGGCAAUUAAAUAUUAGAUCAGCUCAACUAAUAAGCGAAAGAAUUGUCAAAUGAAACUUUGGAAUUUGAGUUGGCGUGACUGAUAAAGAAGAUGGAGACUGGCAUCUGAAGUUCACUGGCAGCAUUAAGUUAUGGAAGCUGAGAGCGAAAGAAAGUUCUGAAGCUGAGAAAAGUUCCAGUUUUAUUAGUAUAUGUCUCUACAGUUGUUACAUCUAUUUACUGUAAAGUUGUUUAUAUAAUGCAAUGAGUUUAUUUUGGUACAUGUAUAAAUAGAGGCCAUGUGCUAAAGUCACGUGGAGAUGCGUUGAUAUAUUGAACAGGACGCUUUUUAGUUUUAAUGGAAUGGUAUUACACAAGCAUGAUACUUUUGUAUAACUUAUAAAAAAGAAGCUACCAAUUCCCGAGUUACAGUUUAUGAUUGGUACACAACUUCGUGUUUUAGGUUAAGUUGUGAAAUUUACCAUGGCUGAUACUGAGAAAAAGUCUCCAGAACUAAGUAACGUUCGCUAUGCUGAACAUUUGUCUUCACCACACCACACCAUCACAUCACAUAUUAUGCCACCGCCUUCGUCAAGCUCUGUCCCUCGACCAAUAUCUACACAAGUGGCACCCCACUCUUUAAUUACCCCGUUGACACCUGUAACGGGAGAUCCUGGAUUGGUUCCAACACUUCAAAAUGUGGUCUCAACGGUGAAUUUGGCCUGCCCUUUGGAUCUGAUGAAGAUAAACUUCCGUACCCGCAAUUCAGAGUACAACCCGUCAAGGUUCUCAGGUAUUGUGAUGAGGAUAAGAGAGCCACAUACUACUGCCCUUCUGUUCAAGUCUGGUAAGAUGGUUGUGACAGGAGCGAGGAAUGAGGAUGAUUCCCGAUUAGCAGCUCGGAAAUAUGCUCGCAUCAUACAGAAACUUGGUUUUCCAGUUAAGUUUUUGGAUUUUAAAAUUCAGAAUAUUGUUGGAACAUGUGAUCUGAGGUUCCCCAUACGAGUGGAAUGUUUGAACCAGAUGUAUGUUUACAGUUAUGAGCCUGAACUUUUUCCGGGUUUGAUUUAUCGCAUGGUGAAACCAAGGGUGGUGCUUUUGAUAUUUGUCAAUGGCAAGUUGGUGAUGACAGGAGCGAGGACACGGGAAGACUUGCAGGAAGCUCUCGACAAUAUUUAUCCCAUAUUAAAAAGCUUCAAGAAGCAAUGAAGAGCAAUAGUUACGCACAAUGAUCUGUGUGCCCGUGGCCUCUUUUCCGAGCGGUUCUUUGGCCAGUGCAAAUGAACUUGACACCGCCCCCAUAUUUCUUCAUUGACGCCAUUCUUAAGCCUAUUGACAGCUUUGCUGUUAUCUUCAGGAAAGCAAAUUAUUUGUUUUGUACGGUGAAAUGCGCAUGUACGUUUUAUUUAGGGAACAGUGAAUUUUGAUGCUAAACUGAGGAAUAUCUUAGCUGUAGGAAGUUUUAUGCACGUUGAUUUGGAUUAUUGAAAUGGUGCCAAAGAUUGAACUUUGAAUGGGGAGUUUGGUUUGCUCAUAGUGUGUUGCUGGUCCAAGAACCUUAAAUACUUUUUGAGGUUGUUUUUAAAAUUACCUUUUGUAUAGAACACUUUCAUUUUGCCUACUUACAUUAAAUGAUAAAGUGAUAAUACAGUUUCGCUUUGACCAUUGUGUCAUUGUAAUGGUAACUGACAUUGUAUUAAGUUUUUGUACAAUAUAUCAAUGUAUGUAUGGAUUAUAAUAUAUAAUUUCUCAGUAUAUUUUAAAUUUUU